CUGCUGCUGGCCGCCUGCGGGGCGGCGGGGCGCUCCCCCGAGCCCGGGCGCCUGGGUCCCCGCGUCCGGCUGGUCCGGGCGAUGCCGAGUCCGCCCGCGGGGCGCGCGCUGCCCGGCCGCGGCGAAGACGGACAGGCGCGCGGCGCGGAGCCCGGCGCUCCGGCUCCCGGUCCCGCUCCCGGUCCCGGCGAGAACGGCGCCCCUGCCGCGGGCCAGAGGCGCUGGGCGCGGGCGGCGCCGGUGGCCGGAGCGGCUUCGCGGGCGCAGGUCUCGCUCAUCAGCACGUCGUUCGUGCUCAAGGGGGACGCGACGCACAACCAGGCGAUGGUGCACUGGACGGGCGAGAACAGCAGCGUGAUCUUGAUCCUGACGAAGUAUUACCACGCAGACAUGGGGAAGGUUCUGGAAAGUUCUCUGUGGCGGUCGUCGGACUUCGGGACGACCUACACCAAGCUCACCCUGCAGCCUGGCGUCACUACCGUCAUCGACAACUUCUACAUUUGCCCGACCAACAAGAGAAAGAUCAUCCUUGUGAGCUCCUCGCUCAGUGACCGGGACCAGAGCCUGUUCCUCAGCAUGGACGAGGGCGCCACCUUCCAGAAGCAGCUCAUCCCCUUCUCUGUGGAAACGCUGAUUUUCCACCCCAAGGAGGAGGACAAGGUCCUGGCCUACAGCAAGGAGAGCAAGCUCUAUGUGACCUCUGACCUGGGGAAGAAGUGGACGCUUCUGCAGGAGCGAGUGACCAAAGACCACGUGUUCUGGGCUGUGUCUGGGGUGGAUGCCGACCCUGACUUGGUCCACAUGGAAGCCCAGGACCUUGGAGGAGGUUUCCGGUACGUCACCUGCCACAUCCACAACUGCUCCGACAAGACGCUGGCGGCCCCGUUCGCAGGCCCUGUGGACCGCAGCUCUCUGACCGUGCAGGACGAUUACAUCUUCUUUAAGGCAACCUCAACAAACCGGACCAAAUACUAUGUCUCUUAUCGUCGCAGUGAAUUUGUCCUGAUGAAGCUGCCGAAGUACGCACUGCCGAAGGAUCUGCAGAUCAUCAGCACAGACGAGAACCAGGUGCUGGUGGCCGUGCAGGAGUGGCACCAGACGGACACCUACACCCUGUACCAGUCGGACCCGCGCGGCGAGCGCUACUCGCUGGUGCUGGAGGCCGUGCGCAGCUCCCGGCAGGCGGGGGAGAGCGUGGUCAUCGACAUCCUCGAGGUCCGAGGGGUGAAAGGAGUCUUCUUGGCGAACCAAAAGGUCGAUGGGAAGGUGGUGACGCUGAUAACCUACAACAAGGGCCGUGACUGGGACCGCCUGAGGCCGCCCAGCACGGACAUGAACGGAAAACCCACCAACUGUAAGCCUCCAGACUGCCACCUCCACCUGCACCUGCGCUGGGCAGACAACCCCUACGUGUCGGGCACCGUGCACACCAAGGACACUGCUCCGGGCCUCAUCAUGGGUGCAGGCAACUUGGGCUCACAGCUGGUGGAGUACAAGGAGGAGAUGUACAUCACGUCCGAUUGCGGGCACAGCUGGCGGCAGGUGUUCGAGGAAGAGCACCACAUCCUCUACCUGGACCACGGCGGCGUGAUUGUGGCCAUCAAGGACACCUCCAUCCCCCUGAAGAUCCUCAAGUUCAGCGUGGACGAGGGCCUCACCUGGAGCACGCACAACUUCACCAGCACCUCUGUGUUUGUGGACGGGCUGCUGAGUGAGCCGGGAGACGAGACGCUGGUCAUGACCGUCUUCGGCCACAUCAGCUUCCGCUCUGACUGGGAGCUGGUCAAGGUGGACUUCCGGCCCUCGUUCUCCAGGCCGUGCAGCGAGGAGGACUACAGCUCCUGGGACCUCGCCAACCUGCAGGGUGACCGCUGCAUCAUGGGCCAGCAGAGAAGCUUCCGGAAGAGGAAGCCCUCGUCCUGGUGCAUCAAGGGGAGGGCCUUCACGUCUGCGCUGGCUUCCCGCGUGUGCGCCUGCCGGGCCUCUGACUUCCUCUGCGACUACGGAUUUGAGCGCUCCCCGUCCUCAGACUCUGAGGCCAACAAGUGCUUUGCCAACUUCUGGUUUAACCCUCUGGCCCCCCCCGACGACUGUGUCCUGGGCCAGACGUACACCAGCAGUCUCGGGUACCGGAAGGUCGUGUCCAACACGUGUGAGGGUGGCGUGGACCUGCAGCAGAGCCCCACGCCGCUGCAGUGCCCCCUCACGCCGCCCCGGGGCCUGCAGGUGCGCGUCCACGGCCAGGCAGUGGCCGUGCGGCCCGGAGAGGAUGUCCUGUUUGAGGUGCGGCAGGAGCAGGGCGAUGUCCUGACCACCAAGUACCAGGUGGACCUGGGGGACGGCUUCAAGGCCAUGUACAUGAACCUUACGUUGACCGGGGAACCCAUCCGGCACCGCUAUGAGAGCCCCGGCAUCUACCGUGUGUCCGUCAGGGCGGAGAACACGGCAGGGCACGACGAGGCGGUGCUCUUUGUCCAGGUCAACUCCCCCCUGCAGGCCCUCUACCUCGAAGUGGUUCCUGUCGUUGGCAUCAACCAGGAGGUGAACCUCACAGCCGUGCUGCUGCCUCCGAACCCCAACCUCACCGUCUUCUACUGGUGGAUCGGCCACAGCCUGCAGCCCUUGCUCUCCCUGGACAACUCUGUGGCAACACGGUUUGCGGACACGGGAGACGUGCGCGUGACGGUGCAGGCUGCCUGCGGGAACUCGGUGCUGCAGGACUCCAGGGUGGUCCGCGUGCUGGAUCAGUUCCAGGUGGUGCCUCUGCAGUUUUCCAGGGCCCUGGACGCUCACAACCCCAACACCCCUGAGUGGAGAGAGGACGUCGGCCUGGUGGUCACCCGGCUCCUCUCCAAGGAGACCGGCGUCCCCGAGGAGCUACUGGUGACCGUGGUGAGGCCAGGGCUGCCCACCUUGGCUGACCUGUAUGUGCUCCUGCCCUCUCAGAGGCCCACGAGGAAGAGGAGCAUCACCAGUGACAAGAGACUCAUGGCCAUCCAGCAGGUGCUGAAUGCACAGAAGAUCAGCUUCCUCCUGCGGGGCGGGGUCCGCGUCCUGGUGGCUGUGAGGGACAUGGACACAGAUUCCCAGAGGCCGGGAGGAGGCGGUGGCUACUGGGCGGUGGCGGUCCUCUUUGUCAUCGGACUCUUUGCGGUGGGAGCCUUCAUCCUCUACAAGUUCAAAAGGAAACGCCCCGGCAGGACCGUGUACGCCCAGAUGCACAACGAGAAAGAGCAGGAGAUGACGAGCCCUGUGAGCCACAGCCAGGGCGCGCAGAGCCCCAUCCAGGGUGAGGGGUUUAUAGACGGCGAUCUGGACUCGCAGACUCUAGGGAACCACUCUGGUGUGGUCCUGAGCAUCAACUCGAGAGAGAUGCACAGCUACCUGGUGAGCUGAUGCCGAUGGAGGCCCGUGCCCAGAACACUCUCCUGUCUGUCGUUUCACCCCCCAUGGAGGGCACAGAACCACAAACGCAGCCGGCACCGGAGCUGGGCCGAGCGUCCCCCCAGAGACCUGUGGAAAAGCCACCUCCUCGGGCCAUGCCCACCCAAGGCGACAGAUGCCCCUCCCUGUGUUCGGUUCAAGCCCGCCCACCCCACAGGACACACGGGCCUGCCGACCCCCGCCCUCCCUGGACACCAGGGCCACUCACCGCCUGCCGCCCCUGCCUGACUCUGGGCACUUCCUGUGCCUGGACCCCAUGCAGCUACCCAGCGGCUCCACGCCUGCCGCCCAGCUCGAGGCCUGACUUCUUGGGCCAAGGCUGGUCCCCCAGAGACCGGGGAGGUGAGCCUGCCAGGCCGCCCGAGCUCCCAGAACUGCAGACACAUGCAGUCGCUCUGCACAGGGACGUGGGAUCCUUCCUGACUUGCUUUCUUCUCCAGACCUGCCCCCAGGGAGGGAGCUCCUGCCUGCAUGGCUGCCCCUCUGCAGGGGGUCCACCCCCUCCAGCAUCGGCAAGUCUGCAACCCAGGCCCCACGCCCAUCCCAGGCCCUCCCAACACCACCCUCCAUGCCUCCCGCUGUCCCUCCUCUGCUAAAGUGGGGAUCGUGUAAAUACCUCUCUAGGUAGCUGUUUGCAUUUGGGGGUUUGUUCAACUUUCGAAAGCUGUCUGGGUUGCUUGGUCAGAGCCCCAUUCUCGGGAACCCCUUUUCCGGAAUGCCCAGGGCUGCUCCUCUGCCUCUCCUGGCACCAUUCUCCCCGUGGGGCGAAAGCUUUCCCCGGCUUCCCCGAGGGAUCCACAGGGGCCCCCCCCGGGGUCCAGUGCCUGCACUGCUGCAGCCAGCCAGCAGGCGGCGCCCUCCUGCAGGCCUUCCCAGCGCCCGGCGGGACAGCCCGGAGAUGCACCAAGUGUCCCAGCUUCCUUAUAGCUUAAGGGACCGAUGUGAAAACCCAGGAACCAGCAGAUGUUUAGGAUGCCAGAGCCAGAAGGGCCAUCCAGGAGUGUGCCCCUCUUUUGAAGAUGGAGAAACUGAGGCCAAAGGAGAGGGUGACAUUCCCAAGGUCACACAGCAAGAUGGUAGCAGAGGUAUCCUGGGAACCAGCCCCUGCUCCCCAUGCAGUGUGGUCCACUCAGUCACCGAUGCCCAGAACCAGGGAUGCUAGCUGAAGUCUACACACAUGAGUACAUGGGGGAGGUUGUCCCCUUUUGCCUUGAAACCGGAAGGCAGAUCCCCUCCCCCUCCUCCCCGUCCUUCUCACCGCCCCAUCCCCCCCCACCCCCCGGGCGGGGUCUUCAGGGGGCAGGGCCUUUACCUCCAAGGGGAGGAGCACGGAGCCAGGCCAGGAAGCGCUGGCAGGUGGUGAGUCCACGAUGAGGCCCGGGGGCAUCAGCCCAUUUGCCCUGGAAAAGAAGCUCAGCCUGCGGGAGGGGGGCCUAGGACGGCCCCUCACACCCGGAACAGCCCCCGGCUCACGGGGGCCCCUCAGUCUUUGUGGGUGACCCCAGCGCCCUCAUGUCACAAACGGGCACUCUGAGACCACAGGGAGGAAGGGGUCACUGUGGGUUACACGGCCAGGCUGGGGAGGUGUCCUUCUCCCGGCCUCGCCUGCCCAUGGGCUGGGGCUCCCGGGCCACCACCUCAGAGGUCACCCUGCAAGUGGUCGUCCAGCCCCUCCAGGGGGAAGGGCGGGCCAGGGCCCCAGGCCACGGACCUGGCGAAGUUGGUGUGGGAAGACGCUGGGAUUCUGGGGACCUUUGCCCCCAGCCUGCUUGCAGUCCCAAAGACACCUCAGGGGCCCCUGCGUCCUGCCAUCCCCACCCGGCCUGUCCUGUGAGGAUCAGACACACAGGGGCCAACACCGGUCAGCACCGUGCAGGUCCAAGGUCAGGGUCAGCAUGGAGCCCUGGACGCAGCCCCCAGCUCAUCAGUGCCUGCAGGUCCCCCCGUGACCCCUCAACUUCUUCUCUCCGCUGUUUGGGUAGGGUUUUUUUUCCCCUUAGUUAUUUGUGUUUUUCUUGAAUCUUAUGUUAUUUCUAUUAUGAGUGUUUUGGGUGUGUGGGCCCAAGAAGCUGGGAAUAAGUUGGCACCUGCUAGAACCUUCUACUUUCCAUCUGCAUAACCGUGUAGACCGACGUGCAGGGCUGUGGGUCAUCUGGCUAGACACUGAGGCUCUCUGUAAUUGAUGGCCAGGUCUAUACAGGUGCCGGAAUGGGAGGCGACCUGCCGUGGGCAGCCCCGGUCUUGCUCAACCAGACUGUGCCCGUACUUGGCAUAUGCACUUAACAAAGACGCGAGAAAUUCUUUCUUAUUUUUCCUUUUUAAAAAUCAAUAAAUCAUUUGUGAUGCUUUUAACAAAGA